CGGCUCUUUUCAGGGUCUGGCGAGAGCGGCGGAGACGGCUGCGUGCGCACGCGCCCUGCGAGAGCGGCCGGAAAGGAGCGAGCGCGCUUUGACGAACUUGGGUGCGGGGAGCAGAGGAAGGCGGCUGGCGGCUGGCCCCUUGGCAGACCGGGGAAGUGGGAAAGCGAAGGGCGGCCGAGUCGGCGGCGCCUCCCCGCUCGCCUCGAGGGAACUGGGGCUUAGCGUCGGCGUCCACAGGCGAAGAACCGUUUCCAGUUGGCAGAGGGCCCCCACGUCAGUAUGUGGAUGCCCGUUCUCCACAUCCUUGCAGCCCUUUCUCACAACCUCGAAGGACUGGAUCUCUUAUCACGAAGAAAAAGAGGCACGUUCCUCGGAGUGAUGCCUGUAACCUGCUCUUCUGAAAAAGCGUAGUCAGGACAGGACAGGAUUUCAGUAUCGUCAUCUGCCCUUCCAUUGUUUGGCCUAGGUACCCUCCACUGGAGUAUUGGAUUUCGUGUGAAAAUACAAGCUGUACUUGCUGAAUGGAGUUGUACUUUCUCUGGGCUUUGCCACAUGUGAUAUUAUGAAUGAGAAACUAACAAUCAUGCAAGUCUUAGGAUACUAAAGCUGGAGUGAGAUGUUUGCAAGAAGACACUCAUUGCUGUUUUCUGCUCCAUUUGAUAUUGGAUUAUUCUGCACUAAAUCUAGAAACCUGGUGUGAGAACCUGUGCUGUUUUCUACUGUUUUGCUGAUAGUGUCUAUAAAGAAUUGUCAUGUUACAGAACAGUCAUAAUUAAGUGCCUUGAAUCCCUUUCGAUCAUAACAUUACCAAAAAACCUCUCCAGCAGUUAACGCUCUACAACAAGCUGCUGUUUAUUUACUCUGUGGUAUUUCUUGAGCUGCAUUAAAAAGGCAAAAAUGUCAUUCUUUAACUUCCGUAAGAUCUUUAAGUUGGGAGGUGAAAAGAAAAAGAAGCAGUAUGAGCAUGUUAAGAGAGAUCUGAAUCCAGAAGACUAUUGGGAAAUUAUUGGAGAACUGGGUGAUGGUGCAUUUGGCAAAGUAUUCAAGGCUCAGAACAAAGAAACAAAUGUCCUUGCUGCUGCAAAGGUGAUUGAUACUAAAUCAGAGGAAGAACUAGAAGACUACAUGGUUGAAAUUGAUAUCCUAGCAUCAUGUGAUCAUCCCAAUAUUGUAAAACUUCUAGAUGCUUUUUAUUACGAAAAUAAUCUUUGGAUCCUGAUUGAAUUCUGUGCUGGUGGUGCCGUAGAUGCUGUAAUGUUGGAACUUGAGAGGCCUUUAACAGAACCGCAGAUCAGGGUAGUUUGCAGGCAGACUCUUGAAGCACUACAUUAUCUACAUGAAAAUAAGAUAAUCCACCGUGAUCUAAAAGCUGGCAAUAUUCUUUUCACGUUAGAUGGAGACAUUAAACUCGCGGAUUUUGGCGUGUCUGCUAAAAAUACAAGGACAAUUCAGAGACGGGAUUCUUUCAUUGGUACCCCAUAUUGGAUGGCUCCUGAAGUGGUAAUGUGUGAGACAUCUAAAGACAGACCUUAUGAUUACAAGGCUGAUGUUUGGUCUUUAGGUGUCACUUUAAUAGAAAUGGCUGAAAUAGAACCGCCUCACCAUGAACUGAACCCUAUGCGUGUUCUGCUGAAAAUUGCGAAGUCUGAACCACCGUCUUUGGCACAACCUUCAAAAUGGUCAGCUGACUUUAAAGACUUUUUAAAGAAAUGUUUGGAGAAGAAUGUAGAUGCCAGAUGGAGCACCAUUGAACUUCUCCAGCAUCCAUUUGUUACCGUCACUUCCAAUAAACCAGUCCGAGAACUGAUUGCAGAAGCUAAAGCUGAGGUUACAGAAGAAGUUGAAGAUGGAAAAGAUGAAGAUGAAGAGGAGGAAUCUGAAAAUUCUUUGCAGUUACCUGCAAAUAAGCGAGCCUCAUCUGACCUCAGCAUUGCAAGCUCAGAAGAGGAUAAACUGUCACAGAAUACCUGCCUUCUGGAAUCUGUUUCUGAAAAAACAGAACAUACAUCCACUGUAGAGACUAGUACUGAUAUGCCUGUAAAUGAUAAAAUGACAGUUGAGUUCAACAGAAUUGAAAUUGAGAAAUCCAGUGAAAGCUUAUCUGAUACCCCCCAGGAGCAUACUGAAAAGCUGCAGAAUGGAUCCGUUUUACUGGGAGAAGAUGAGGAAGCAAAGAAAAGUAGAGUUAAAAAUAAUAUUCAAAAUAUAGUAUUGAUAGAGGAUUUUGUAUCACAGAACAAAGAAGAAGAAAUUGAUGCAGUAGUAUCUGAAACAGAUGUUGAACCCAACGAAGGAAAUGACUUUGCAAAUGAAUCAGUGUCUGAAAACACACAAAAAAUAACACCUGAACCUGAAGGCAGCAAUGCAGACAUCACAGAAGUAAUUCCUAAUGAGGCUCUGGAGACGGAAGAAAAAUGUCGUAGUGCGGACUUUCAAGAACAUGGAGCAGGGGAAGAGAUGAAAGUUGAAGGAAUUCAAGAAAUUAAGGAGUUGCAAGAUAGCAUAUGUGCAAAAAGUGGCCAGAUAGAAUCUGAAGUUCAGAGAAAAGAAAUUACUGUUGUUACUGGUGAGUCUCAGGUGACAGAUACAGUGCAGGGGAAAAUACAAGAGGGUACCAGCAAAGUUGCAGAGAGUGAGAGUGCUGGGGAAUCUUUGAACAGUGAUGUAGACAAAAUGUUUGAAAGUGUACAGAAGUCAACAGAGAAUAUUGCUGAGGAAACUCAGGAAAAAGGUUCCUCUGAACCAACUCCAGUGAAAGAUGAAGGUCAAGUAAUCGAUUCUGUUCAGCAGCUAGUUGAGAGAAGUGUGGAUAGGGCGACUGAAGUAAAGGAAAUAGAUAUCAAAGUUUCAUCAGAAAUGGAAGAUGAGCCAGAGUCUGUGGAACAUGACACACAGCAUGUUGAGGAGAAAAGCACAAUUGAGAAAAGCAACACUGAACACCAAAUUGGAGAAUCUGACCAUAAAUUAGAAAUUGCUGAGGAAAGCAACAAGGCUGACAUUCCAAUAGGCACAGACUUUCCAUUAGUUUCAAGUGAUGUAAAGUCUGAUAUAGCCAUCAAACAGCCACAAGCAACUGAGUUAUCUCCAGUACCCAAAAUUCACAUUAGUUGUGUAGAAAAUGAAGCAAAAGAUAAGUUAGGCAUUCAGUGUAGUGUUGAAAAUUCACGGCAGCUAGAUCCUGAAAGCUCUAAAGAAAACGAUACCGAUUCAGGCACUGGUUCCACUGCUGACAACAGCAGCAUCGAUUUGAACUUGUCCAUUUCCAGCUUCCUCACUAAAAACAAGGAUAGUGGUUCAAUAUCUUUACAGGAAACUAAAAAACACAAGAAAACUUUAAAGAAAACUCGCAAGUUUGUUGUUGAUGGAGUAGAAGUAAGCGUCACUACUUCUAAAAUAGUCACUGACAACGAUUCUAAAAGUGAAGAAUUACGGUAUCUUCGGCGGCAAGAAUUGCGGGAAUUACGAUUUCUUCAAAAAGAAGAGCAGCGAAAUCAACAGCAGCUCAGUAAUAAACUGUUACAGCAACGAGAACAGAUGUUUAGGCGCUUUGAACAGGAAAUGACAAGUAAGAAGCGGCAAUAUGACCAAGAAAUUGAAAACUUAGAAAAACAGCAAAAACAGACAAUAGAACGUUUGGAACAAGAGCAUACAAAUCGCUUACGUGAUGAAGCAAAACGCAUCAAAUCGGAACAAGAGAAAGAGCUGACAAAGUUCCAGAAUGUGUUGAAAAACAGAAAAAAAGAGGUUUUUAAUGAAGUGGAGAAAGCACCAAAAGAGCUGAGAAAAGAGCUCAUGAAACGCAAGAAAGAAGAGCUUACCCAAUCCCAGCAUGCUCAGGAGCAAGAGUUUGUACAGAAGCAGCAACAAGAAUUGGAUGCAUCACUAAAGAAAAUCAUUCAACAGCAAAAAACUGAACUAGCCACCAUUGAACGGGACUGUUUAAAUAACAAGCAGCAGCUCAUGAGAGUCCGUGAAGCUGCAAUAUGGGAGCUUGAAGAGAGACACUUGCAGGAAAAGCAUCAACUGCUCAAACAGCAACUGAAAGAUCAGUACUUCUUGCAAAGACACCAGCUGCUUAAACGGCAUGAAAAAGAAACGGAGCAAAUGCAAAGAUAUAACCAGAGGCUUAUUGAAGAGCUGAAGAACAAGCAAACCCAGGAAAAAGUCAGAUUGCCCAAAAUCCAACGUAGUGAAGCAAAAACUAGAAUGGCGAUGUUCAAAAAAAGUCUAAGAAUUAAUUCAUCGAGCACUCCAGAACAGGAUCGUGAAAAGAUUAAGCAGUUUGCUGUUCAAGAAGAAAAGAGACAUAAAAAUGAAAGACUAGCUCAGCACCAGAAGCAUGAAAAUCAAAUGCGAGACCUGCAAUUGCAGUGUGAAGCCAACAUUAGAGAAUUGCACCAGCUACAGAAUGAAAAAUGCCAUCUACUGGUUGAACAUGAAACUCAAAAACUAAAAGAGCUGGAUGAAGAACACAGCCAAGAACUAAAAGAAUGGCGAGAGAAACUGAGACCCCGGAAAAAGACAUUAGAAGAAGAAUUUGCUCGGAAGCUUCAAGAACAGGAGGUUUUCUUUAAAAUGUCUGGAGAAUCUGAGUGCCUUAAUCCAUCAACACAAAGCCGGAUUUCUAAAUUCUAUCCAAUCCCUAGCCUGCACUCCACUGGAUCAUGAAUCUGGGAACCUCUGCAGGGGUUGGCUUUUUUCCUUCGUGUUUUCAGUUUUCCUUUUUCACCUCCUGCAGUAGUAAAAUCUGCAUCCCAAGGACCUCUGUGGAAGUUCACCCAUUUUUAGCAGAGACACUUGAUGUCGCUUUUUCCUGCUUGUUUUUAUGCUGGGAGACUAUCUAAAAUAGAAGCACAGAUCUUGGUCUUGAAUUCUGAUAUGAGAUCUUUCAUGAGGUUUAAGAAUGGAUAACCUUUUGAAAACUGAUCUAAAAAUGUAAUGUUCAACUAUUUUGGUGUUGAAAAAUCAGUUUAAAUUAUUAGUGAUAAUCUGUAAUAGCCCAACAACAAAAAAGUAUAAAGGAUUCUUAAGCAAACAUGCUGCUGUUAAUUUUAACCAAAUCUUCAUUAUAGCCAUUACUUUGUGCUUGAAUGGGUUGUCUCAUUAUAUUCAGUGCCUGAAACCCUCAAACAUGUUGGGUAUUUUUGUUUUGCAAAGCAACCUAUUUUAAUGUUAAUAUAACUGUAACAGAAAAUCUUGCUUCCACUUCUGUCAGAUCCUCACCCAAUAAUAUUUUGCACAGAAGUAUGUAAAAGCUGCUUCUGUCGAUAUUAAAAAGCACAGUUUGUCUUUCCCCAUUUCAGGCUACUGGUAGUCUACAAACUUAAAUGAAACUGCAGAAUUGAUUUCUCAAAAUAAAGUGUGCAUAAUUUGCCCAUUCCUGACUCUACAUUAUAGAAUGUGGACUGGCAUAGUUAGCAGAUUCUCUCCUAGCUGAAAUCUUGAAGUUUGACACUCCAGAGCAGAAAAUUACAACACCUGUCCCUUUUCUUAAACAAAUCAGUGCUGAUAUCUCUGGUAGCAAGAAGUAGGUUUAUUUUGAAACAUUCGUUGGUGUUUAGAGGGUUUUAAGUUAAGCAUGGGCUUGUGGCUUAAUCUGGUUCAUUGUUUUACUUUGAUGUUACUAAAAUGUUACAAUUUUAUUUCUAAAAUUCAUUGUUGUACUGUAACUUAUUUGUUGGGAUGGGAUAGAAAUAUUUAUCACACUGUUGACAGCGGAAAUGCCUGCAUUCAACAAAAACUGAAGCCUUUGAGGCAUCUGAUUUGAGUCAUACCAAAAACAGUAUUUGUAAACGAUGGUUUUGGUAUGCCAAAGUUAAAUGUGUAAUAUAAAUGUUGGUUGCUUCUUAUCUUUUGAGGCCUAAUCCUUUAGUAGAUAUCUUUUGAUUAUGAUCUAUAAGUUUUCACAUUUUGCUAUCUCUAUUAAAUGCAAAAAUAGUUGUUUUCUUACAAAUUUUAUAUUAUGUCAGCAACAUUCCUGCAUCAGAAGGAAAUGGAUUGUAAAAUUAAGUAACAGUUUUAUCAGGUUUAGCCAAGGGCAGGAUUACAGAAUUCAGUUACUGAACUUGAUAUUGUCAGGUCAAAUUGUUUCAUAGUAAUAGUACAGUAAGAAUAGUUUUUUAAAGAUGCAUGUUUUAAGUUGCAUUUUGUUCUUUCUAAACUAUGGUUUACUUUAACAAAUACUUAGCUAACCUUAAUAGCUUGCAUUUUAUUUUAUCAAUUUGUACUGUGUACCAGGUUGUAAAUUCACAAUGCUCAUCACUAGAAUGUUGCAUUUUGCUGUAUACAAUGUUCUGAAAUUGGUUUAUCUUGAAUUGCUUAGGAAGAAAAAGUAUUCAAAAGCCUUUACUUUUUUAAAGCUCACCUUUACAAAAUAACUAGUAUUGAUUAUAACAUUAAAUACUGUAUAUCUGUCUAAUCAACAGAUAAUCUA